CCUAGGUGGUCUCGCCCAUCCUCACUCCCAUCUCUGAACCUUUCCCCAACAACAACAACGGACAUACGGGCAAGACCACCACGAAUAUCACCAUUCCAGUCAACUGUCGCUCUGUCACCCUGCGGCACUACUGCCUUGCAUACCACCAGGACGCAGUCUGAGCGAGGGGUCCGUUCCGCGGCUGGGAGGACUGCUAACGCAGCAGUGGUCGAGAGGGCUGCUAUUGACUCUCCGGCAGGCCCUCUCCCUAAACUAGCCUCUCGCCGCCUCACUUGGCACUUCACAAUUCAGACCAGACGCUCAAUGGAUCUCCCAGACUUGGUCAUUCACUCCAAGCUCGAGGCGGUGGUGCAGGGCGAUUUCGUGCGACACUCGUUCCCUCGCCGGGGCAGAUUGGGCAGGGAGUGGAAAGUCGUUGUUACGGAAACAUGGAAGAGGAAAGCUCGGCUCGGAAGCGGCGGUUUUGGGACCGUCUGGCUGGAAGAGUGUCAAGAGCCAGCGUCGGGGAGUAGCCCGCGAUGCCGCGCUGUUAAGGAGAUCAUGGUCGGCUCCAAGUCAAACUUGGAUUAUGCCCGGGAGCUGCUGGCCAUCGCUAAGUUUUCCCAUCCCAAGGCGCGCUGAUAAUCUGUCAUCUUCUUUGACUUUCUGUACGAACUCUAACUGAGUUGUCCAUAG